CCAAGUGUACGUAAUAAUGUCUAUUAUCAAGAUUGAAAAACAAUCCACCAAAAUCAUUAAACCAUUUGUUCCAACUGUUCCAACACUCAGGCAUUACAAGCUAGGUUUUAUUGAAAACUUCUUUGCUUUUUUAAAGGUUGAAGUUGUUCUUUUCUUUUCCCCAAGCAAACACAACAAUCCAAACCAGUUUGUUGCCCGUCAGCUAGAGAAAUCGCUCGAGAAAACCUUAACACAAUUCUACCCUCUUGCUGGUAGAUAUAUCGAAGAAAACCACGUCGUUGAUUGCAACGACCAAGGUGUGGAGUUUAUAUGUGCCAAAGUUAACACCACCCUUCAAGAUUUUCUUUCUUACAAAGAAAAUAAUACGAUGAUCACCGAUGAAUUCAUCCCAAAAAGCAAUGAUCAUGACGGCUUAUUACUUGCGACUCAAGUUACCAUGUUUGAGUGCGGUUCGAUAGCAAUAGGUGUAUGUGCUACACAUAUGCUUUUUGAUGCCUCCACUCUAUGUACAUUUAUACACGAAUGGGCUGUCAUGAACCGCAGAGAAAUUAGUACUAAAACCGAUCAAUUGAUCACAGGAGGAGCUGCAGGUUUAAGCUCCUCCUGCGUGUUGUAUCCUGCUCGUGGUUUAAGUCCCAUUCCAAUAAUGAGUGGUGACGUGCUAAGCAAGUAUACUAGAAAGAAAGUUUCAUUUAGUGAGAGUGUGAUAUCUCAAAUAAAAGCAAAGGGAAAAAAUAGUACCCAUAAAUGGUCAAAGGUUCAAUUGGUAGCGGCAAUUAUAUGGAAGGCUUUCAUUUGUGUUGAUCAGAAAAUAUACAAUUAUCUAAGAGCGUCUGUUAUCAUCCAGGCGAUAAACCUUAGAGAAAAAAUGGCGUCCUUGAUACCUAAAGAUUCUUGUGGAAAUAUGAUCGGGGUGUUUGGCACAGAAGCUGUAGCUGCAUAAUCAACGACGACAGAAGCACUUGCAUAUCUAUUAAGUGAUUCUGUGAGGAAAACCAUAACUAACUACGCAAAGGUGAACCACAACAGCGAAGAAGGGAAAACAAUGGUUUUCGAUGCAUUUUCACAAAUAUUGAAUAUUAAUUCUGAUCUCACUAAUGUGGUUCUUUUAACUAGUUGGUGUAAGGUUCCUUUUUAUGAAAUUGAUUUUGGUUUUGGAAAGCCAACUUGGGCAACCCCAGGAACAAUAACCAUUAAAGACCUUACGAAUUUGAUGGAUGAUGCGCAAGGUAAUGGAGUCGAAGCGUAUGUCUUUCUUGAGACUAAAGACGUCCCGUCUUUUGAAGAAGCUCUAGAUCGAGUUAUAAAUGAUUUUGCUGCCUGAUUGAUCUAUAUCGAUAUUCAUCUAUACUACUUUGGUUUGAAUAAAUCGUUAAUAAUGAACGUGCAAUAAAGAUCAGUUAGGGUAUACUAAUUGGUUCUAGCUUGUGUCAAUUUUAAACAAAGUUUCCUGUGAUCAGUUUUAAUCAAAUAUGUAAUAAAGUGUUGUUUUUCGUAGCGCUUGUAUUUUGAACUUGCUAACUAACAAUGGUAAUU